AUGGUGCAUUACAAACUCCACUACUUUGGCCUGUACGCCCGUGGGGAGCCGAUCCGCCAGGUAUUCGCGCUGGCCGGCCAGGAGUUUGAGGAUACGCGCUACAGCAUGGAGGAGUGGCCGCAGCACAAGGCUGACAUGCCCUUCGGUCAACUUCCCGUUUUGGAAGUGGAUGGCGAGCUUCUCCCUCAAUCGAUGGCCAUCCUGCGCUUUGUCGGCAGGCGAUUUGGAUACGCCGGCAAAACCGACGUCGAGCAGGCCCAAGUUGACGCGAUUGCCGACCAGUUCCAGGACUAUUUCAACGAGUUCAAGGCGUAUUUUGUGGUUGCCGUCGGGUUUGCGCCGGGCGAUAAGGAGCAGCUCUUCAACUCGGUGAUGAUCCCGGCGCGGAACAAAAUGUUCCAGAUGCUUUCGCAGAUUUUGCGCUCAAAUGGCACUGGAUUUUUGGUCGGCGACAGCGUGACGUACGCUGAUCUGCUACUCUCGAUUCACGUCGCGGGAAUGGACGGGCUGACGCCAGGAUUUGCGAAUGAUUAUCCGCGACUUCUCGAGCAUCGCCAACGUGUGGAAUCGAUUCCGGCCCUCAAGCACUACUUGGAGACUAGACCGUUUGCUCCGUUC